UGUGCCGGGUUCUCGAGCCUCCUGAGCACUGGGCGCGGCACCGGGGAGCCGGCUCCGACCGAGUUGAAGCCGAUCUGGGCAAAGGGGUGCGCGGUGGCUGGGCUGCACCUGCGUCUGCCCGCUGCGGAGUGGGACGUCUGGAUCCCGCGCGGCCGGAGAUCAGCAGUGAGGCGGGCUGUGCCCCCAGCGGGGCGGGACCACCGGAGCACUGGCUGGACGGGAGGGACUCUACAGGCGGACCGGGAACUGACGGGGUCUGCUCAGGUCUGGGGUCGGUUUGGAGAUGGAGGACAGGUAUGGUCUUGGAGCUUGUGGCCAUGGAGCUGAAAGUAUGGGUGGAUGGCAUCCAGCGGGUGGUAUGUGGGGUCUCAGAACAGACCACCUGCCAAGAAGUGGUCAUCGCGCUAGCCCAAGCUAUAGGCCAGACAGGUCGCUUUGUCCUUGUGCAGCGUCUUAGAGAGAAGGAACGACAGCUGCUGCCACAGGAGUGUCCAGUGGGGGCCCAGGCUACCUGUGGACAGUUUGCCAGUGAUGUUCAGUUUGUCCUGAGGCGGACAGGGCCCAGCCUGUCUGGGAGACCCUCCUCAGACAACUGUCCACCCCCAGAACGAUGCCCAAUUCGUGCCAGCCUUCCCCCAAAGCCAUGGGCAAAACCAGGCCGUGAACCACGCAAAGCACUGACCUUCAACCUAGGAUGUACCAAGCUGGUUUCUAGCCCCUCUACCCCUGAGCCUGUAGCCCUAGUAGGACCCACACCAGACUGCCUUGCAGACCUGCAGGGCCUAGAACUCAGGGUACAGAGGAAUGCUGAGGAGUUGGGCCAUGAGGCCUUCUGGGAGCAGGAGCUACAACGAGAACAAGCCAGGGAGCGUGAGGGACAGGCACGCCUACAAGCGCUGAGUGCAGCCACUGCCGAGCAUGCUGCCCGGCUGGAGGCCCUAGAUGCCCAGGCCUGUGCCCUGGAGGCAGAGCUUCGACUGGCUGCUGAAGCCCCUGGUCCUCCGUCAGCUACCGCCUCUGCUGCUGAGCGCCUGCGCCAGGACCUGGCCAUCCAGGAGCGGCACAGUCUGGAGAUGCAGGGUACCUUGGCCCUGGUGAGCCAGGCUCUAGAGGCUGCUGAGCACGCACUCCAGGCCCAGGCUCAGGAGCUGGAGGAGCUGAACAGGGAACUUCGUCAGUGCAACCUGCAACAGUUUAUCCAGCAGACAGGGGCUGCAUUGCCAUCGCCUCCACAGCUGGACAGAACCAGCCCUAGCACCCAGGACCUUCUGCCUCCAACUAGAGAAGAGAACCUCCAGGGAGUCCCCCAGAGCCAUAUCCUAGUGUCCAGCCUGAGUCCUGAAGUUCCCCCAAUGAGGCAGAGCUCCUGGAGGUAGCAGUUCCUACGCAAGUAGGGGUCACUGAGGACAGAUGAGCAAGCACAGCUGGGAUGAGCCACCUGGACAGUGGGGGAAUGUGAUCACAGGAUUUUUUUUUUUCCCUAAAGCUGGGAAAGCUAUGAUGUCCUUGGGUUUCUGAUUCAGGGCACAGGAGUGCUGGUAACAUGUUAUAGUUUUGUUUCCAAGUCUCCCAAGGCCCCUGAAGAAGCAAAUGGGCACAGUUCAGAACUUAGCAGGCCCCAAAGGCCACUACUCCUUAUUGGAGUAGUGUGGACAGUAUAUUCAUUCCGUGGGUGUGUGCCAUGUGCUGCCUUCUUUGCCCUGACAAACCUCAAUAAACUGCCUUUUAAAGGUACUUAAGUGUGUUCUGAA